AUGAAGGGGUCCCAGGAGCUUCCGCCCUUGGGGGGAGGACGCUGGUGGGCCUGUCCCAGCGGCAUCCUGGUCAUGAAGUCCUGCGCCCCGACGUGCCCCAACAGCACCGUGUCCUCCGACGGCCACACCCUCUCCGUCUCCUGCUGUCAGGGCAGCCAGUGUAACAGCAGCGCCGCUGCAGGCCUGCCGGGCAACCUCGGGGCCCUGUGGGCCAGCACCUCGGCCAGCCUGCUGUGGGCGCUGCUCCGGGCGGCCUGCUCCCCUGGGCCCAACAGGAAAUCCAAUCCUCCAAACCAGUUUUUCCAGAAGCUUCCAUGCCCCUUGGCCCAAAAGGCUGAUGUGGGGCCACCGGGGACUCCUGCCUCCCCCUCUGCCCCCCCAGGACCGGAAGGCACAGAAACCCCCCCUCCCUGCUUUGGGCGGGUUCCGCGGUGCAGUAACUGCUUCAGGAGGGGCAGCAGUUCUGGUGGCUGCUUCCGGCACUGCGAUGCAGGCCUGACCACCCACCCGGGAGUCAGCUCGGGAGCCGGCUGGCGCAGGGGCUGCCAGGAGGAAAGGCCGGGGCUCUGUACCCCAGACCUGAGUGGCCGAGCCUGUGCUCCGAAGAGCCUUCGGCUGGCUCUGACCCCCACGCUCCGGCCCAGGGCCGCCCUCUCGGCAGCAGGCGCAUCCCCACCAGACCUUCUGGAGUGUGUCUUCAGCAGGGACAGCUGCUGGCACAGCCCAGGGUCAGUCUCCACCUGUGUCCUGGCCCCACUCACUGCCAUCGUGACCUGCCAGGCAGGGACCCAUCAGGGCCUCUGUGGGUCCCACCACACCCUCCAGCAAGGUCUGCCCGGCGCAACCGAGAGGCCCUGCUGGACUUCGCCUCCCCCGCCCGGUCCAUGCUCACCACUUCCGGCACAUCCGGAAUCCACGCCCCACCCGCGGCCUCGUCCAGCCCCGCUCCCCAGGUCCAGACAUCUCAGUGGGUACUUUGCUUCCCUGGGGUCCUUUCUCAGGGCCCCUGGGGGUCGACCUAGCAACCCUGAACGCAGGGCGAGCACCUCCUCCUGCCCCCGGCCCUGGGGCAGGUCACUGGGCACCCCCAGGGCACUGGCACAGGCUCAGGAUGGUGACCCUAUCCGAGGGUGGGAGUGGAAGGCCAGAGACCAAGGGACCAGGGCUGGGAAGGGGACAGAAAAAGGACAGGGCAGUGGGCUGCAAAGUCAGCUGAGGACUUCUUCCCGGGGGAGGUGGUCCCCGGCCCUCGGGGAGGUGGUGGGGGUUGGGGGACAGCGCUGAGAUCCCUCCAGCUGGCAGGGCAGGGGUGUG